UACGAUUUGUCAUCGAGCCCACUUAGUUCAAACUUCAUCGAUAAGUCACCACUUAUCGGCUCCAUAGCUCGUACCUUAUUGUGGGACGACUCAAGCUUAGACAUGGCCUUGACCGCCACACAAGCACCAACAAAAGACGAGGGGCGAGAAUGGUAUUUAUUCGCCAGAACAUUGUUAUCUAUGACGGGCCUUGAAAGCGAGGCCCAUCACGACUCGUUCUUCGCCAGGUGGCACUCGCCCGAGAGCCCAUUAGAUCCGUCCUUGAGAGACACGUACAUCGACUUGAAAAACGAUACGAACGAGGCUAGGCGGAGGCAGAAGAGGUCCAUGCAGAAGCUCGUCUUUGAUUGCUUGAACGUGGUACUGGUCGAGCUUGUGGGCCCAGGACAGCUGGCGGACGAGGUGUGGGCCCGCAUGAACUGUUGGUUUUCGGGGGACGAAAACGGGUUCGUGGUGGAGAGGGCAGUGAGGAAUGAGGUGGCGGGGAAGGGUUGGGUUGAGAAUUUGAGAUUUGAGAGGGACAUUUUGGGAAAAGAAAUUGAGGUUGUUCUGUUUGAGAUGCUUUUGGAGGAGGCUGUGAUUGAACUUGACAGGAUGCGCAGCGAAGACGGGAAGAUCUCGUUACAUUUUCCUUCCCCAAAUCGAUCACCACUGACGACCACCUUUUGUCUGCUGGUUGUUUACCGUCGUUCGGCAACAAGCUUAGAAGACGAUUGUUGGGCCGGCGUCGUCGAUUCCAAAGCAUUCAUAAUGGUACAAAUGACCGGCGACGGCGACGAGAUUUUUACAAAGGAAACUACUACUUCUGUUAAUAACUGCCAAGAGACUAAAUUUUCUGUGUCGAAACCUGCCGCAUCUGGAAACAUUGGUGAAAAUCAGGACCAGCCAAGCCCGAUAUCGGUCUUAGAUCCUACCUUUGAAUUAAAUGAACGCACAUCAAAAGUGUUCCCUCGUUAUGUCGAGCCCGACCCUCAUGGUACACUCCUUUCGCUAAUAUUUGCACUUAUUUAUUCGAUUAUUUUAUUUUUCAGAAGCUGCAAAUUACAAAACAUUGACCAAUUACCUAUCGUACAUGGGAUAACGUAU